UUAUUGUUUUUUAGAAGACCAUCGCUGGACAUCGAGGGAGGUGAUGCUGGCGGCGGAAGCAGUUUUAAGGUUGUGCCUCCCUGGAAGGUGUGUGGGUGAGGAGUGAGGAGCGGCACCAUGGGGGAGGAGGAUGUGUCCCCGAGGCAGCGGCUGGUGCAGGCCAAGCAGAGGAUCAAGACAUGGGAGGGAGAGUACAAGGCCACGUACGGCUGCGCCCCAGACCGGGAAGCCAUGGCCCAGGCCCCGGAGGACGUCAGGCAUGCAUACAAGACCUACCGCCACUACCGAAAGGCGGCAGAGAACUCUUCCCUACGUGAAGCCAAGAGAAGCAUAGGUGGGGAUGAGGAAGCCUUGAACCACUCCUCCUUGGGUGACUUGGCUGGCCGUGUGUCGUGUGGUGACCUAGACAGGAUUCAAGAGGGUACCACUGGCCAGGAGGUGGUGGCUGGUACUCCUGACCCAGCUGAGUUGCUCACUAAAGACUCUGAGGUGUGUUCUGUGGGGGAAAGAAAAGAUGUUAGUGAAGAUUCGUGUGAGACUAAAAGCUCCCAGAUCACAGCAACAGCCAGCCAUUCCAAACCAACUGCUAAGUUUGCUAAUAAGUUCAGUAACACUUGGGGAAAACAUCUGAACAAGGGCAGCUAUCGUCCACCCCCAAAAGAAAAGGAAGCACAAAAGGAGACGUCCCUGUACAGUAAAAUGGCCGAGAAUCUCCGAGCUAAGAGUACCAUUAAGAUGAGGAAAUCUCUAAGCAGGACAUCAAGCCUGAACAGAUCCCAGAGCAGGCCACUGUUGUCACGCUCCUUCUCUCAGCCGAGUGCCUGCAGUGAAAGCAAUGAUGCUUCUAGUGAAUUGAGACUCUGUUGUAAUGGUGACUCUAGUAUUGAUAAAAUGAAAGUUGAUGAAGAAGAAACCUUACAGGAGAGCACCAGCACCCCCAAUGCAGAGAACACUGAAGUGUUUGCUUCAAGUUUUGACGGCACUGUUGAUGAACUCAGACCAUUGAGUGUAUUUGAUGCACUGGAACCUUUGUGCAAUACAACAUUCAGUUCAAGUUACAAAAAUACAACUGAAGAAUCAAGGCCAUUAGGUAUACUUAAUACAAUGGAACCUAAUUCCUGUACAACUCCACCUGCACACAAGAACACAAGUAAACCAAAAUCUGUAAGUGUCUUGGAUAUGAUGGAAUUAGACUCUCUUGAAAAGGCUCCAAAAUUUCAUGAAAUUUCCGGCAGUACGAGGCCACCAGUCACUCAGCCCAUCAGUGUUCUGUCUGCACUGGGCCAGACUCGCACCUCAGGCCUCUUGGGUGUCAAGAAGAGGGCAUCAUUGAACCUUGGGUGGGUGGCUCGCUGCACAGGGACGCCAGUGGAGGACACCAUUGCCAGUGAACAGACCAUGCCUCAAGACAGCUGGAAGAUGAAGCUAAUCAACAAGGAUUGGUCUGAGGAUAAUGAUAAGGAUGAAGAAUCACAAGAAAGUGCACCAAUUACACAAGAUAAUGACAACUCUGCACCUGCUUCUGUAAGGAAUGACACUAAGCCUAUUAAAAACACUGUAAAGGCUGUCAGGAAUCCCAGGAAGAAGGCUGCAAACAAUGCUGCUUCUAAGAGAACUAAAAAGAAAGUGGAUCCUCCUCUGCCAACACAAAGCAAAGCAGGAAGAGUGCUGAGGACGAGGAGUACAAGAAAUGCUGCAAAACCCAACUAUACUGAUCUUAGUGAUGAUGAAGUGGGCAGUGUUGGUGGCACCUCAUCACAGAGAGGAAAAGGAAGAGGUCGCUUUGUUGAUGAGGAUGAACUGUGGCAGGACAUGGGUGAAAGGGAAGAGUUAGACGAGGAAUUUGAAGCUGAAGAAAGCAUGAGUAAUGCUGUGGAUGAAGAACUGGGAAGCUUUCAGUCCGAACCUGUGGGUGAGGCAGUCUGUGGUAGAAAGAGGAAGAAGGAGACAAUAGAGGAGCUAGAGGAGAAAGGAAAGAUUCAGUGCCAGUGGCCACCUCCAAAAAAGAAGAGAAUAGCAAGGAAGAAGGCAGCAGCUGGUGGCAGUAGCAAGAAAGCUGGUAAAGAAAACUUGCCAAAAAUAAAGAGAACUUCACCAAAAACAAAGAGAACAGUUAGGAAAAGGAAGAAAAUAGAGCCUGAGGAGGAGGAAGAGGAGGAGGAUGAAGAAGAAGUAGACUCACCUGCCAUACCAACACAACCGUCAAACUCCACCCCAAGCCUUGAGUAUGAUGAGACAGAAGACAUUGAAUCACACGGCACCAAGACCACCAAGGCGAGAGGAAGAUACCUGACCGGAGAGGAGCGCAUGAUGAAGAAGAUUUCCUCCGGAACCAUCAACAACAACUUCGUGCGCAUCAACCUCAAGAAGAAAGUGUUUGUGCGGGGCAAGAAGAUGAUGACCGGUGGGAAGUACAGGAGGCAGGAGUGGAAGAAGAAGCAGAUGAUGAAGAGCGCAGAGAGUGGCAACGCUGCAGCCACCAAGAAUCUGACGUGCUUCAAGUGUGGGGAUUUUGGACACUGGGCCAGGAUGUGUCCAGGGAAGAGAGGUGACAACCUUACUCCUCUUGAAGACUAUGAUGAGAAUGAAUCUACAUUCCUCAGUCUGGAAGAAGCUGCCUCCAUGGCCCAGGGCAUCAAAAGGGUAGACUCUGAGAAGCCAGUUAGCAAGUUGUACCCAUCAGCUAAAGAGUCAGAGGGUGUUGAUGACAGUGCAGGUGCCAUAGGUGAUGAUGGGACAGAUAUGAGUAACAUACCUUUACCUGAGUCACAAGAAGAACCUGGAGAUGGGAAGGUAAAGGAGGAUGAAACAAUGAAUGGUGAAAUUGCAACAGGAGAGGAAAGUAAAACAAUCAGAGGUGAAGUAGCAUUAUCAGAAAACACAAACCAAGAGAGCACACUUGGCAGGGAAGGAGACACAGCAGGUGAAAAUCAAAACACAGACUCUCAACAGACAAGCAAUGAGGCGGAGUAUGAUUUCAGAGAUUCUGACAACGACAUCUUUGACAACUUGGAGGAAAUAGAGUGUUCAGAGCAGGAGCAUGAGGCAGCCAGCAGCACACCAAGGACACAGAGCAACACAAGUGUCCCUUCAUCACAGAGCAGCACAAGUGUCCCUCCAUCACAAAGCUCGUACUGGCAGGAGAGGCCCACGGUGGAGCCUCUGUACUCUCUGAAUGGUGGGGAGCUUAUUGCCACACCUGAGGAGGUGCACGAGGCCCUCAGGAUGUUUGGCUACCCAUCAUUCAGACCUGGCCAGGAGGAGGCUGUCAUGAGGAUCUUAUCUGGCCAGUCUACCCUUCUUGUCCUCUCUACUGGAUCAGGCAAGAGUUUGUGUUACCAGCUGCCAGCCUACUUGUACUCAAAGCAUCGCUCGCCCUGCAUCACGCUGUGUGUCUCCCCUCUUGUCUCUCUCAUGGAGGACCAGACAAUGAGGCUUCCAAAGUUUCUAAGAGCUGUCUGCCUCCACACACACCAGAACCAAACCCAGCGAUCCCAAGCCAUCACAGCGAUACAUUCCAGGGCUGCCCACAUCCUCCUGGUAUCCCCUGAGGCAGUGGUGGCCAGUCGUACAGGUGGAGUACUGGGCACACUCCUCAAAGAGCUUCCUCCUGUGGCCUUUGCUUGUCUUGAUGAGGCUCACUGUGUGUCUGAAUGGUCACACAACUUCCGGCCUUCCUACCUGAGGGUUUGCCAGGUCCUGCGGGAGAGGCUUGGAGUCAGAACUAUCCUCGGACUCACCGCCACAGCCCGCACUGCCACAGCAGUGAGCAUAGCACGGCACCUGCUCAUCUCUGACUUCAGUACGGGCGUCAUUCGUGGCACCAGUGUCCCAGACAACCUACAGCUGUCUGUGUCUAGGGACCGCAACCGAGAGGAGGCCCUGGUGACACUGCUGCGAGGGGACAGGUUCUCAGAGUGCAGCUCCAUCAUCAUCUACUGCACCAGGCGGGAUGAGUGUGAGCGUGUGGCCACACUCAUCAGGACACAACUUCUUGACCCUUCAAAAGUGGAUGUAAAGGGCAACCUGAAGAGGAGCAGGGGCCUGUCCUUUGAUGCGGAGGCUUACCAUGCUGGCCUCAGCUCUCACCGCAGACAACAGGUGCAGAAAAAGUUCAUGUCUGGCAAGCUGAGGAUAGUUGUGGCCACGGUGGCUUUUGGGAUGGGAAUAGACAAGUCUGAUGUGCGGGGCAUCAUCCACUUCAACAUGCCCCGGAAUGUUGAGAGUUACGUGCAGGAGAUUGGCCGGGCAGGGCGAGACGGUGAGGAGGCCCACUGCCACCUCUUCCUGGAUGACCAAGAUGGAAGGGACAUCCAGGAGCUCAAGAGGCACAUCUUUGCAAACUCGUUGGACCGACACACCAUCAGGAAGCUUCUCAGUAAAAUAUUCAAGCCCUGUACAUGUGCUAAACUGAAAAGUCUGAGUUCAGAUGGAAAUGAUAAAGGUGAUGAUAUGUCUUCAAAUCUCCCAUCUUCUCCUGGAUGCUCUUCAUCUAUUGUUGAAGAUGAUGGAAUGGUGACCACAGGUGGCGCAUCAGACCCGUUCUCUGUGGCCACUACUUCAUCAACUUGUCCCAAGCACGAAGUUGCAAUUCCUAUUGAUACAGUAGUGGAAGAAUUGGAUCUUCCUGAGGAGAAUCUGGAGACUCUUCUCUGUUAUCUAGAGCUUCACCAGAAGGAUCUCAUUCGUAUUAACUCCCACGUUUAUGCUAACUGCAUCGUGUCUUGCUAUGGGGGUCCUCGCCAGCUGGUGGCUGUCAGUCGGAAGUGUCCCCCGCUGGCCGUGGCCAUUGCACUGGAGCGUCAGAAAGGAACAGACUUUAGCAAGAGCAACAGGGUGAGUUUCCCGGUGGUGGAGGUCGCUUCUCGAAUGGGGUGGAACAGCAAGAUAGUGAAGAGGGAACUGAAGCAACUGGAGUGGAACACGCAGGAUCUUCAGAGUGGAGGGAAGGUGAAAAGGUCUGGUGUGAUGGUGGAGAUGACCGACCUCUCCUUCCACCUGGAGGCUCGGGGGGACCUGAGCGACGACGAGCGCGACCAAGUGCUGGAUGCUGUCUACCGCAGGACACAAGUGCAGGAGCAGGACCAACUACGCCAGCUGCACUACACUUACCAGCUGCUGCGCUCUGUCUCCCACAACACAAUUCUGUUCUGCUGCGACUCCAUCGACGAGGAGCGUUGCAGCAGACUGAGAACAGAGCUCAGAGAAUACUUUAGGUGCAGCAAGGCCUUGUUGGAGGUUCACAUUGAGGAUAAGGUGAGCGUGAAGCCUGAGGUGGAGUGCGGCAUCAGGGGCAGUGUGCGCUCCUUCCUCUCCACCUAUGAGGACCAGCAGUGGACAGGGAGGGCGGUGGCGAGGGUGUUCCAUGGCAUUGGGUCUCCUAACUAUCCCACUGAGACUUGGGGCCGUGUGAGGAGGUACUGGCGGCAGCACCUCAACACAGACUUUAAUGCCCUGGUGAGCAUUGCCACGCAGGAAAUACUAAGGUGUAAAUAGUCACGGAAGCAAACUAAGUAACAUAGAACUUCCAUACUUCCUUUUAGCAUGACUCUUUUUAUAGUAUGAAAGAUUUUGUACAGUCAUGGUCAGUAGUGAAUUAACUUGCCUCUCUAAUUUUCACUGCGUUUAGUGUUUUCUUCAAUCUCAAGUCCUUUGAUCUGUAGAGAAUCUUUUAGUUGUUUUGGUUUGCAGAAAAAUUGUCAGUGGGUAAGAAGGCUCAAGAUUAACGGUAAACAUUAAACAGUGGAAGUGUUGCAGGUUGAGAUGUGCAUAAUUAUUGUUUAUUUUUAUGACAAAUUCUCAGAAAAUUAUAUUUUUAUUAUAGUUCUGCUCACCUGCAGCAUUGUCAUUCAUUGUACAUGUACAUAAACAUUCAGUACAACUCUUAUAUUCAGGUAAUGCAAUUAAGUAUUCAAAGAAAAGGAACUCACCAGAUAUUCAUUAUAAUAUAUUUCCUCUAUAUUUUCAUUACAGUGUAACAAACAAUGAGUGUGUUCCAGUUGUAACAUUUGUCCUCCAUAUAAACUGUGACAUUACAAAUCAAUAAUGUUGUGAGAAAUAAAUAAAUCUACCUAA